ACUUGUGAGACUUGUUUCUCGUAAGAGGUGUCUGCUUAUUGAAGCGAUUAUUCAGAGACACGCAGCAGCAGGAUCCCAGCCAGUGUGUCACUCACAAGUGAAAGUGAAAGAACAACUGGGUUUAGAACAGUUGAUGGUCAAACAGAGGAGAGGGUGUGUGAAUGUUACAGCUCGUUGUAUUUGUGUUGAUUGGAAACACAGUUGUUGUUUUUUAACAGUAGAUAAACUGUGGUGACUGAUAAAGGAUCAUGAUGAGCUGCCUUUACACUGGUCUACCUAACACUCCAGCAGCUGAUAUAAAGUAUCAUGGCUUGUUCAACCAAGGGGCCACAUGUUACCUGAACAGUGUGCUGCAGGUGCUGUUCAUGACCGAAGACUUCAGAGAGGCUGUGGAAAGGUGCGCCCAUCAUAACCCUGAGUGUAUUGAUCCUCAACUCAGAGACGUGUUUGUUGAGUUACUGGAACGACCAUCAUACACCUAUAAAAUCACAAAGAAGCUGGGCAUCCACACAGUGUACGAGCAGCGCGACGCUGCCGAGUACUUUGAGAAGAUUCUAACUCUGACCAGUUCUGACGCAUCACAGAUCUUCCACGGAGAGUCGACGCAUAAGAUCACAUGUUCCCACUGUCGCAAAGAGAAUAACACAGAUGGGAGAUUUUGGCAUCUUCCUCUUGAACUGGUGGAUUCCCACAGUGACGUCUACAGUGUGGUGGAUGGCAUCGAUGAAUAUUUCCGAACAUCACAUUUCAGUGGAGAAAACCAGAUGUACUGUGAUCGCUGUGAGAGUAAAUCUGAUGCUACUAUGACAUGUGUAAUGAAGCAUCAUCCAGAGGUUUUGACGCUGAUGCUGAAGAGGUUUGACUUUGACUACCGUUACAUGUCAUAUGUCAAAAACAACCGGGUCGUGGUUGUUCCCUCCUCCCUACAAAUCCCAGAGAAUCAGUGGUAUGAGCUGUAUGCAUGCGUGGAGCACUUCGGUGAUCUUAGAGGUGGACAUUACACAGCAAAGAUAAAGUCCCAGGAUGAUGAGAAGUGGUACAGCUUCAAUGAUGACAGCGUCACGUUGCUUGAUUACCAGCCGUUCCAAAAGGACAACAUUCAGAGAUCCCAGAGUGUUUAUCUCCUCUUUUACAGGAAAAAGAAACAUAUUCAUACUCAAGAAAUCAGUGAGGUGUUCACCAAUGGAGGUUUACCUCUGCCUGCUGCCGGAGACGAUGGAGACGAGUGUCCAGAUGUUGAGCAGAUAACAGAGGGUGAGGAGGUUGAGGAGAGUGAGGAGACGGCAGAAGUUAGCAAUGGCACGACAGAGUCCGUCUCCUUCGACAGAAACAAAGGAACCGGAAUUAAAGAGAACGUCAGUGUUGGGUCUGCAGGAGUCCAUCCCAUUUGUAAUGUGGAGGAUCAGGACAAUGGAGCUGGUGUCAGGCAGAGUAAACCACUCAACGAUCAGGAGUGUAAUGAGGAAAGCAGUCACACGUGUCGUUAUCUUCCAGAUGAAAAACAAGAGGAGGAUGAGGGGGAAAUGAUGAAGGAUGAUGAGGAGGAGGAGAGAGGAAAGGCAGAAGCUGAGGAUCAGGCAGAAAAGAGAAGAAGACUGAUGUCUGAAGAGGCUCAGCUUGAAGAAAGAGCUGAGGAUCAGACCUGCGUCGAUGCAGAAAUAGAUGAUGUUAGACAAGGGAGAGCAGAUAUUUAUCAGGAUUUGAAACCAGAGGUCAGUGACAGGGAUGCAACACGUGAUCGUCUUAUUGAAAAAGACGAGGUGAGAGAAGUAGAGAUGGACAGGGAUGGAGGUAGUGAAGAGUUCGAAGAACCCAAAUACCUGGACAGUCAUGCAGAGAGCCAGGACAACGAAGAGUCACACGAUGUUAGACAGACGCUUAAUGAAGAUCAGGGAGAUGAACAGGAGGAUUUAGACCUUCAUCUUGUUAGUUCGGACAAAAAGGAAGACGAGGAGGAGAUGGAAGUUGACGAUAGCGAAGGAAAGACGGGAGCUAAUAAACUGACCUCAGAGCCAGAAAACUUGACAAAAUGCCCCCUCUGUGGCAAUGUAAUUGUCUGUGAUCAGAGCCCUCCACUUGUCAUUGUGGACAAAAAGGCAGCUGAUGAGAAGACAGGAACAGAUGAUGAAGAGGACAAGGGAGGAAAGACCAGGAGAUUAGAGCUCUUGACAAAAAAUGAUGUCUACCUUCAAGGGUGUGAGGACACGGGAGGAGUUGGUGCUGGUGAGCAGGGAGGCAGCAGGAGGUUGUUUGAACGAAGUGAGAAACAGAAAGAUGAGAGGAGGGAUGAAAAAGGAGACAAGGAGCAAAAAAGAGGAAAUGACGAGGCCGCACAAGGAUCCACAACCAAGCCUGACUGUAGUGAGGGUGUGGAAGAUCAGGACGAGGGAGGGUUAGUUGACGGCGGACAGAACGGACCAGAGGAGACGAUCUGUGUCCAUGAAGAUGUGGGUGCAGAGGAACAAGCUCAAGAAAAUAAAGAGCCCUCUCAAUCAGGAAUGGAAGAGCUGAGGGAGAACCAAGGAGGUGAAGGUGUUGAAAAGAUGGAGAAUACUCAGCCAAAAGAAAGAGCUGGAUGUAAGGACGCUACAGUGGAGGGUGGAGGUGGGUCGGAUAAGACAAUACUAUACGGGGCGAUAAUUGAUGAGGAGGUCAUAGAAACAUCUUGUGGCGUUUAAGUACGUAUCGAGAGGACACCGAUAAGAAUAGAAACAGGAAAAGAAGCAAAAAAGAUAAAGAUACACUAUAACUAAUGUGAACCAGACUUCAGAGUGGGAUUAGAGAUAAUAAUGCUGCUCGUCAUUGUCAUGAUGCACAAGGUGUUCCUCUAGUUGUCAGUAAUCAGGCAGUAACAUUAGUGUAAAUCUGCUUAUUUCAUUGGCCCGUAACAGAAAGCAUCAAGUAGCAGAAGUCACUGACGUCACUUUUGACUUCAAUGGAAAGUUAUGGUUUACACACUCAAGCAAUAUGUCGAUUCUGACCUUUUUUAGAGACAAAUAAAUAAAUGACGCUGAAUGUAAACGUAUGAUGUUGUUUCAGAGAACAGAUUGUGGAGGGAAAUUCAAAUGUAAAACUUUGUUGAGAUAUUUUUAUUGCUCGUUGUCUAAUUUUCUAUGUUACUGUUUUCACUAACGAUCGUAAAUAAAACUUUCAGUAAGUUUAGAGUUUAUUAUCUUUGAAACUAAUGGAUUGUGUUGUUGUUUACCUCAUGUCACUGGAAGGGUUUAAAUUAAAAUAAUUAAAUUUGUAUAUAAUAAUAAUGAUAAGGACAUAAAUAACAAUGAUAAUAAAGGAU